CAAGUAACUACAAAAUGUGCUUUGUUUGUGUUCGCUCUCCGCGUGUGAAAGACUGAAAAUCUUGGACACAAAAAAGUGCUUUCUUCGAAGAAUAACUUGCUUUUUCCGCGGGACAAAAAAAGGUCUGAAAGCUACGUCGAGCUGUUUACACCAGCAAUGACGAAAAAAUGAACCCUACAACAACGAAAUUUCAAAGUUUUGUUUCAAUUUGGCUUGUCAUCACGGCUUCGUUGCUGACCUUGUUGUUCAAUGCUUGCUCGGCAGCACCCAUCGCAACCGAUCCAAGCAAACCAUCACAAGCACAGAUCGAUGCCGUCAACAAUUCGGUCGCAGAGCUUUGGUUGGAAAAAUACAGGAUAAAAAAAUCUGGAGCAGCCUUUAAUUUCACGGACCUCAUCUCAAAGCUGCAGUUUAGGGCUGGGUUAGAACAAACUGGAGAACUGGAUGAAGAAACCAGGAAGCUAUUUGUCAUUCCUCGAUGCGGAAACCUGAACGAAGAAGAUGAAGAACAAUUCGCUGGUGCGGCUAAAAGAAGAAAAAAACGUUAUUACCUUCAAGGAACUAGAUGGCAAAAAAAGGACCUUACGUACCGUUUCUUGUCGGCCACACCCGAUCUUCCGGUAGAUCUCCAAAGAGAUAUCCUUCGGAAAAUGAUCAACAAAUGGGCAGAGGCUAGUACGCUGACCAUAAGAGAACAAACCGACCCAGCAGUUCCGGAUGAUGACGUGGACAUUUUAAUUCGAUUUGUCAGACUGUAUCACGGUGACCCGUAUUCAUUUGAUGGUCCAGGAGGCACGCUGGCGCAUGCGUACUAUCCACAUCACAACAAAGGUUUAUCUGGUGACGCACAUUUCGACGACGACGAAAGAUUUACAACUGGAACGAGCGACGGCAUCAACUUGGACUGGGUGGCGGUUCACGAGUUUGGACACAGCAUGGGCCUGGAACAUUCUAACGUGCGGGAAUCCAUAAUGUACCCUUGGUACAAAGGUUAUUUCCCAAAUAUCGAGCUUACCUAUGAUGAUAUACAAGGAAUACAGGCGCUUUAUGGUAAACCGACUCCGGCUCCGACGACCACCGAGUCGACAACUACGACCGAGGCUACAACGACAACCGAGGCGACAACGACGACCGAGGCGACAACGACGACUGAGGCAACAACGACAACCGAGGCAGUAACGACGACCGAGGCUUCAACGACGACCAAGGCAGCAACGACGACCGAGACAACGACGACGACCAAGGCAGUAACGACGACCGAGGCAACGACGACGACCGACGCAACAACGACGACCGACGCAACAACGACGACCGAGUCGACGACGACUGAGGCUACAACGACCACUGAGAAGCCCACUACUUCUCUACCGGUUUUGGAUGUUUGCCAAGUGCAGAAGUUUGACUCAUUCUUGAUGGGUAUGGAUGGCAGAACGUACGUGUUCAGUGGGGAUUAUUUCUGGGUGCUCUCUGUUAGGCUCAGCGUAGAAAGCGGCCCCAUAAAGAUAACAUCUAAAUGGAUGGAACUGAAAACGCCAAUAAACAGCGCGUACACAAAUCGUUACGGUAGGACCGUGUUCGUUAAAGGAAGCGAAUACUGGAAAUAUUAUGGCUUUGUCUUAGAAGAAGGACCAAGAGACAUCAGUCAACUAGGUCUGCCAUCGACCCUGGGAAGCCCUGAUGCGGCUUUUGUCUGGGGAGGCAAUCAAAAGACGUAUUACUUCAAAGGGGAUAAAUACUGGCGUUAUGACGAGGACUACAGAACAGUGGAAGCUGGUUACCCGAGGUCCAUUACGGUUUGGGGUGAGGGAGUUUACUUCAUAUUAUUUCUUAUUACACCCUUUGAGGUCUAUUCAAUCUAUAUGUUCAUUGUUUCAGGUUUAUCUGGUGACGCACAUUUCGACGACGACGAAAGAUUUACAACUGGAACGAGCGACGGCAUCAACUUGGACUGGGUGGCGGUUCACGAGUUUGGACACAGCAUGGGCCUGGAACAUUCUAACGUGCGGGAAUCCAUAAUGUACCCUUGGUACAAAGGUUAUUUCCCAAAUAUCGAGCUUACCUAUGAUGAUAUACAAGGAAUACAGGCGCUUUAUGGUAAACCGACUCCGGCUCCGACGACCACCGAGUCGACAACUACGACCGAGGCUACAACGACAACCGAGGCGACAACGACGACCGAGGCGACAACGACGACUGAGGCAACAACGACAACCGAGGCAGUAACGACGACCGAGGCUUCAACGACGACCAAGGCAGCAACGACGACCGAGACAACGACGACGACCAAGGCAGUAACGACGACCGAGGCAACGACGACGACCGACGCAACAACGACGACCGAGUCGACGACGACUGAGGCUACAACGACCACUGAGAAGCCCACUACUUCUCUACCGGUUUUGGAUGUUUGCCAAGUGCAGAAGUUUGACUCAUUCUUGAUGGGUAUGGAUGGCAGAACGUACGUGUUCAGUGGGGAUUAUUUCUGGGUGCUCUCUGUUAGGCUCAGCGUAGAAAGCGGCCCCAUAAAGAUAACAUCUAAAUGGAUGGAACUGAAAACGCCAAUAAACAGCGCGUACACAAAUCGUUACGGUAGGACCGUGUUCGUUAAAGGAAGCGAAUACUGGAAAUAUUAUGGCUUUGUCUUAGAAGAAGGACCAAGAGACAUCAGUCAACUAGGUCUGCCAUCGACCCUGGGAAGCCCUGAUGCGGCUUUUGUCUGGGGAGGCAAUCAAAAGACGUAUUACUUCAAAGGGGAUAAAUACUGGCGUUAUGACGAGGACUACAGAACAGUGGAAGCUGGUUACCCGAGGUCCAUUACGGUUUGGGGCCUCCCGCUCUCCAUGAACAUGAACUCCGCCAUGACAUGGAAAGGUAAUCGGAGAACCUAUUUCUUCAAGGAUACUAACUACUGGAAGCUUGAUGAUGGCAGUCUUCAACUAGUCGGUGGAUAUCCACGCAAUAUUGCUUCGGCUUGGAUGAAAUGUGAAGCUAUACCGUAA